AUCAAGUGCUUCGCCUGCCACUGCCACCAUGUUUGUUUUCAAUUUCAAAUAGCUUGUCUUCUUACAACCGGGAAGUAUAAGGAUUGUUUUUUCUGUGUUUAUAUCAGUGAUUAUCAAGACAAUCAAAUCCCAAAAUGACGAUUGGCAAGAAUAAUAAAAUGCAACAGCAUUUAAAUUACCGAGUGCGGGUUAUACUGCAGGACUCUCGGACGUUCAUUGGUACUUUCAAGGCUUUUGACAAACAUAUGAAUUUAAUUUUGGGAGAUUGUGAAGAAUUUAGAAAAAUUAAGUCCAAGAAUAGUAAAACUGUUGAUAGAGAAGAAAAAAGAACGUUAGGAUUUGUUCUAUUACGUGGAGAAAAUAUUGUAUCCCUAACAAUCGAAGGUCCACCUCCUCCAGAAGAAGGCUUGCCUCGUGUGCCACUUCCUGGAGCAAUGGGUGGGCCAGGAGGUGGACGAGCUGCGGGUCGUGGUUCUGGUCCAGGUGGAGCACCUCCGGGUUUGCAAGGGCCUGCCAGAGGUGUUGGUGGGCCAUCCCAACAACAUAUGGCCCCGGGUUCUCGGGGUCACCUAUCAGCACCACCACAAAUGCGGGGAGGUCCUAUGAUGGGUGGCCCACCACCUGGUAUGAUGGGGGCCCCACCAGGCAUGGGUCGUGGUGGCCCAGGAGGACGUGGUCCACCUGGUAUGCGAAGGUACUAGUUUUAAGUUUCUUCAAAUGUACUUGUAUUCAUAUUUAAAAUAUGCUUUGAAUAGCAAGUUUAAAAAGGAUGAACACUGUUUAUUACUAAUUUGUUUAAUUGUAUCAGUGAUGAAUGCCUCCAUUGUCUGAAUAAUAUUUAAAAUCCACUGGAUUAAUUGUGCUUAGGUGUAAGUAUGAACAUCAAAUAGAAGAUUUAAGGUUAAACAAGUAUUGUUAUUUCAAGUAAAAUUCACACUUCACCAGUGGCCCCGACUAUCAUCUUUGGAUGGCAAUUGUAAAGUCAUGUCAGAUGCCUUAGUGUACCAGAAACAUCUGACACCAGUGUUGACCAUAGUGACACAUGUGAUUAUCAAUAAAACAAUUUUUAUGUCUCUAAAGGAAGAUCUGAGGGAAUUACCUAAUUUGCAUAAGGGAAAACAGGUUGGCUUGAUCAAGAUGGAAAUUAUAAUUUUAUUUCAUUUAGGCUUAUUCAGUUGUGUGUAUAUGUGUCUUAUUCUCUUUUCUGAAGGAUAACCAAAAAGACAAGUAAGAAUCAAGACAUUUGUGAUAGACCCCUGAAUACAUACAAUUAACGAGUCUACUAGCUGUUGCCUGAACCUUCUUUUGCCGUAUACCUUUUUCUCUUUUUUCACAAUAAAAUUACCUAAUUUCAUCAAAUCUCUGUACCAAAUUUCAUCAAAAUCGGUUAAGUGGUUUGAAAGCGUAAUAGAGUUACUUUUAAAAUAUAUUAGUAGGGUUAUAUGUAAUGAAAAACCUUGAAAUCUAUAGGUACUUUCUAUACUACAUAUGCGUCUUUCUUAAAAUGCGUGACACGUAAGGAGGAACAGGUUCAAAACUCACAUCAGCCGUGUAUACAUACAUACUUGCGAGGUCGACAGAGCCAACAGUCUUGAAAAGAAUGAUAGGCCACAUUCAGCUUUUGACUUGACGAUAGAAUUAUGAUUUAAAUAGUGACAGAUUGCUAGCCCAUUGCCUAAAAAAACUAUCCCAAGUUUAUAAGCCUAUCCCUUAGUCGCCUUUUACGACAUCCAUGUGAAAGAGAAGGAGUGGUCCUAUUCUUUUUUAUUUUUUAUUGUUGCCGGGAACCACACGGCACUGUCGGUUACACCUGUAUUCUAUUUUUAAGCACGUACUAAUAGCUUAUCUGAGUAAUGUUCAUUCAGUCUGUCAGCAGUCAGCAAAUCUGCACAUUCAGGCAACUGCACAAUCACAAUCCAAUACCUAUGUUUUAGAGGUUCCCUUGCUUAGGUUGCGGAUGUCAGAAUUGUCUUGUUGUAUGAGUACUUUUUCUCUUAAUGAUUCAUUGCUUGUGUAAAUAGACAAAAUUUUUGGACA